AAAUACCUUCCUGCACCAUCGCAACCCAAUCACCUCAAGAAAAUGAAUCAUUUUUUUCGGCAUAUGCCAAACGGGUUAUACAGAUUAAAAACAGAGAACAUCACUAUGGAGAACUUUGAAAAAAUUAAUGUAUUCCUCACAGGAAGGAAUCUGAUAGAAUAGAUAGUACAUAGUAGUACCAAGUUACAAAGUGCGAAAAUUUGAAAUAUUGACGACGUUGAUUUGGGUAGCAAAUUCAAACAGGAGUUCAGGAACUCAAGUAGGUGUUGCAGCUGGUAAGAGAGGAGUACUUGAAUUUUGAUGGAUGAUAUUCUUGAUUUCGACCAAUAGUAAAUCGACAACGCUGUUUCUUGGGUCUUGCGCAUUUUAAAAGCCACGUAAAUAGGGAAAAAUUCUCAAUUCUGGUCGUGGCAUUGAAGUUGACGUCUUGUUUAACGCACCAAAUCCAUUUGCCGGCCAAAGUAACGAGAAAAGAAUUGAAAAGAUGUAUUUGUUGAAAAUAUUAACUUUGUGUUUGCUGUGCUACACAUGUUCGGCGAGAGAAGAGGAUGUCCUAGAUUUGGUGGACAGCGACUUCAACUCAAGACUUGCUGAACAUGAAACAGCUCUCGUCAUGUUUUAUGCACCUUGGUGCGGACAUUGCAAGAAAUUGAAGCCAGAAUUUGCCAAAGCUGCUGAAGAUUUGAUCAGAAACGACCCUCCUGUUGCUCUCAUCAAGGUAGACUGUACAGAAGGUGGUAAAGACACUUGUAGUGAAUAUUCAGUUACUGGUUAUCCAACUUUGAAGAUUUUCCGCAAUGGAGAGUUAUCUCAAGACUACAAUGGACCUAGGGAGGCCUCAGGCAUUGUGAAAUAUAUGAAAGCCCAAGUGGGUCCCAGCUCUAAAGAACUCAAAAAUGCUGAUGACCUCAAGAAAUUGUUGGCUGCUGAGAAAGAAAGUACUGUUGUUGGUUUCUUUGAAAAAGAGUCUGACCUGAAAGUUGCAUUUCUUAAAAUUGCUGAUAAACUCAGAGAAAAAGUUAAAUUUGCACACACCUCAUCUAAAGAUCUUUUGAAAGCCCAAGGUGUCAGUGAUGGCAUUGUUCUAUUCCGUCCUGAAUAUCUGAAGAACAAAUUUGAAGACAGCAGUGUGAAAUAUCAAGGAACUGCAAAUUCUGAAGAAAUCAACAAAUUCAUAACUGAACACUUCCAUGGAUUAGCAGGUAUAAGAAAAUCUGACAACAGAGCUGAAUUUGAGAACCCACUGGUUGUUGCAUAUUACAGUGUUGACUAUGUCAAGAAUCCUAAAGGUACCAACUACUGGCGUAAUAGGAUUUUGAAGGUUGCCAAAGAAUUCCAAGGAAGAGUGAAAUUUGCAAUAAGCCCCAAAGAUGAAUUCCAACAUGAACUCAAUGAAUAUGGUUUAGAUUAUGUUAAGGAUGACAAACCAGUGAUCACUGCUAGGAAUGCCAAGAAUGAAAAGUUCAUUCUGAAAGAAGAAUUCUCUGUUGAAGCCUUGGAAGUUUUUGUUAAUGAUAUAUUGGAUGGAAAUUUGGAAGCCUACAUUAAAUCUGAGCCAAUCCCAGAAAGUAAUAAUGAAGCAGUAGUGGUUGCUGUUGCAAAGAACUUUGAUGAUGUUGUGAUCAACAAUGGGAGAGAUACUUUGAUAGAAUUCUAUGCUCCUUGGUGUGGACAUUGCAAAAGAUUGGAGCCAAAAUAUACUGAAGCUGCAGAAAAGUUGAAAGAUGAAGAUGUUGCCCUGGUCAAAAUGGAUGCUACUGCUAAUGAUGUUCCAUUUGGAUUUGAAGUGAGAGGCUUCCCAACGCUUUUCUGGCUUCCCAGGGACUCAAAGGAUAGACCUGUUCCAUUUGAAGGGGGCCGUGAUACUGAGGACAUCAUCAAGUACAUUGCUAAGCAUGCUACAAAUGAACUGAGAGGAUAUGACAGGAGUGGCAAUACUAAAUCUGAUAAGACUGAAUUGUAGUAGUUGUGAAUUUUGGUUUAAUUUAUGAUACAUUAAGUGUUUUUAAAAACUUUUUAUAAUUCCAUGUAGGUUAAACAUACUUUUUUGAAUAAAUCCAUUUGAUUUCAUCUUUAUAUCUGUUCAGUAUUUCUCAGGCUAUUUAUUCCAUUUUGAUUAGGAAAGUCCUGGUUUACUUUGAAAGUAAUAAUUCUUCCACAUUUUCUCAACUUCAACUUGCUGGAAAAAACUUUGUAAUACUUACAAGCACAAUAAAAAUUCUUUAAAUUGUUCUUCCAAUUUUCCUUACCU